AUGGGUAGCUAUGCACCUCCUGCCCUGGAGUGCGACCUCCUGGUUACAAAUGGAGUUAUUGUCUCUUCAAGUGACUUGAUCUAUCCGCCAGCAUCUGAUAUUGCCGUGAAGAAUGGAAAGAUUGUUUGCAUUGGUGCUCUUCAAGGGCUUUUCACGGCAGCGCGAGUCAUCGACGCUGAUGGUGCAUAUGUAACACCGGGUGGUGUCGAUACCCAUGUCCACUUGGAUCAGCACAUCAACGGCGCUUUGGGCGAUAACUUCGAAAAUGGAACCAGGAGUGCUAUUGCUGGUGGCACCACCACAGUUGUGGCGUUCGCUUUCCAGAAGAAGACUGACGAAAGUGUACUUCCUGUAGUGGAGGCGUACCACAAGAAGGCAGCAGGGCUCUCCUAUUGUGACUAUAGUUUCCACAUGAUUUUAACAAACCCAACUAAAUCUAUCGUCGAGGAGGAGCUUCCCACUCUGGUGGAACAGGGCAUAACUUCGGUAAAGCUCUACAUGACUUAUGAUCCCCUGAAGCUCCGCGACCGUCAAAUUCUGGACAUCAUGCUCGCCACCCGGGCUUUGGGCAUGACGACGAUGAUGCACGCCGAGAAUGCGGACAUGAUUGAGAUGAUUAUCGAACAGCUCUAUGAGCAGAAGAAGGGCGAUCCGUACUACCACGCUGUCGCACGGCCCAAAGUCGCCGAAGACGAAGCGACGUAUCGUGCCAUCUCGCUUGCACGGUUAAUGGACACACCGAUCCUGCUGGUGCACAUCUCGUCCGCGAUCGCCGCACGGCAUAUCCGCGAGGCGCAGACGAAACUCCUGCCCAUACACGCCGAGACUUGUCCGCAGUAUCUGUACCUGCUCAAGGAUCGCCUACGAGGCGAAAACUUCGAAGGCGCGAAAUACGUGUGCAGCCCGCCACUGAGGGACAGCGACGAUGAUCUCAAUGCUUUGUGGGAGGGGAUCGCUAACGGGACAUUUACGACCGUCUCCUCCGACCAUUGCCCAUUCUCGUUCCAACACCCACUGGGAAAGCAGAUGGGGCUGAAGGACGGGGUUUCUAGAUUCACAGACAUCCCCAAUGGUCUUCCUGGCGUAGAGACGCGGUGCCCGCUGGUCUUCAAGGGCGUACAGGACGGGCGGAUCAGCAUUCAAAAGUACGUCGAAGUUACCUCGACCAAUCCUGCACGACUGUACGGCUUGAACACCAAGGGCACACUGGCUGCUGGAUACGAUGCCGACAUCACCAUUUGGUACAACGACAGCAAACCCGGCUCUACAUUCCAGCCGUUUGACCUGACCAACGAAAUGCUACACCAUACGUGCGACUACACACCAUUUGAGGGCGUGCGGUUCGGGAACUGGCCCAGGUACACGAUUGUGAGAGGCCAGGUGGUCUGGGCCAGAGACGAGGGUGGCGUCGUCGGCGAGAAAAGCCUCGGGACGUUUGUAAAGAGGGUCGAGAACAGCCUCAGACAGCCGAGAGGUAAAUUCGAGAAUGAGUGGAUUCCGCAGUACAAGGGGAGGAUCCCUGCGACUGGUGCGGCGGGCACAAGCACCAAAAAAGUGGUAGUGACGGAGACCAACUCCUAG